UCAGCUACUUCGCCAUCUUUGUCACAUGUCCAUUUUUUCCUCUCACAUGACCUGUUGUUUGGCCCCGUGAUCAAACUGAAGUAAUUCUACUAAAUUCAAAACAACACGAAACGCACAUGGAUAUUUUGGACGAAGCCUUGGACGGCAGUCAAGGCAAAGAUGAUUCCAAUUCAGAUGAUGUGCAGAUAACACAAGGUCCAGAUGAUGAUCAGACUGGACUAGCUCAAGGAGCCCAGCUUGCAAUAGACCCAAAUAAUCUACAAUACCAGUUCAAUACUGGCCAAGGUCCUGUGACAUAUCGAGUGGUCCAAGUGGCGUCCCAGGAUGGCGGAGACCCACAAGCUCAUAUGGUGAGUGCCACGGGUUAUCCCGCCGGAACUCAGGCUGUGAUUCAAUCACCAUUCAAUGGGAGCAGUCCCACAGCUGAGGCAGAUUCGAGGGCAUUUACAUAUUUCCCUGCCACAGUUGCAGCGGGGGGGCUGUCUGGAGGAGCAGGGGAUGUAGUCGCAACAUCACAAGCUGAAGCUGUCGCCCUUGCAGGACAAGCAGGUCAGUUUUAUGUGAUGAUGUCACCACAGGACGUUUUACAAGGACAGCGGAAUAUUGCCCCUCGUAACACAUUCCAGCCAAAGAUGGAAGGGGGACGUACCUCAAGAGACGACCGACGCAGAGCAACGCAUAAUGAAGGUAUGGGGACUGACAGUCGCAGGGCAACUCAUAAUGAAGUGGAGAGGCGAAGAAGGGACAAGAUUAAUAACUGGAUUGUACAGCUGUCCAAACUUGUUCCAGACUGCUCGAGUGAGCACACAAAAGGGGGACAACUUGGGAGUAAAGGAGGAAUAUUAUCAAAAGCAUGUGAUUAUAUCAACGAACUGAAACAGGCCAACAUGAGAUAUAGUGAGAAUUUAAAAGACGUGGAACGCCUCAAUGUGGACCAUGAGUUGUUACGGCAACAGGUCGAAGAUUUAAAGAACGAGAACUUGAUUUUACGAUCUUCGUUACAGUCCCAUGGAAUUCACGUGCCCGACCCUGGCAGCACAACAUGAGUGUGGAGGACUUUUACAUUCCAUCUUGCUUUCAUCUUUAUUGGGGGAUAUAACCAUGUUAUACAGAAGCCUGAUUCAUUGAUGGAUCUUAGACGCAAUUUUGUUAUUCUUAUUUCUGAGGAAUAUCAUAAAUGGUUACAAGUCGAUUUUUGUUUUAAUUUCCUCAACAUUGUUUUCUACUUAUAUACUGGCUUGAAAUUAAUUCACACAAAUCUAUGUAGCGAAAUAACAAAAAAAUAUGACGCUUACAUAGAUUUCAUUUGACGACUAAGAUCUGAAUUGAAACGGGCCCUGGGUUUCGCUGUAUGCUGUCUAGGGGUCUAUGUUUGUGAUAACAAAAUUAUAUAAAAGACAUGUUUCUCGUUUUCGCAUAAUUUGUGCAGGAGUAAAUGUAUUAAACCUGUAAAUGUUCGUAGAUGAAAAAAGAAGACUUUGUGGUAAAUUUUUGUUAUCAAAAAACAAUGAGUUUAUACUCUUGUGCACUAGUUUACAUAUGGAAUUUUCUUACUGGAACAUCACAUAUACAAUAUGCUUCUGUUUAACAGUAAAUAGAUGUAUAUAACAGUAACUUUUUUAACUGAGCGUAUCAAUCAUAUGACUCAAUAUAUCCUAGAUUCUAUAUACACAGGGAUGUGAUUUGUCCGCGGAUCUAAUGCCCCAGGGA